CAAAGGCUUCUCCACACAGGUUCUGUUUGCUCUAGCUCUUAGAGAUGGCGACGUCUUUGGGUUCCAACACUUACAACAGACAAAAUUGGGAAGAUUCAGAUUUUCCCAUCCUCUGUCAAACAUGCUUGGGUGAAAACCCCUACAUCCGCAUGUCCAAAGAGAAAUAUGGCAAAGAGUGUAAGAUCUGUGCACGUCCCUUCACUGUGUUUCGCUGGUGUCCUGGGGUCCGGAUGCGCUUUAAAAAGACAGAGGUGUGUCAGACGUGCAGUAAAAUGAAGAAUGUGUGUCAGACAUGCCUUCUGGAUCUGGAAUUCGGUUUGCCUAUUCAGGUUCGAGACACAGGGCUGUCCGUUAAAGAUGAAGUACCGAGAUCAGACGUGAAUAAAGAGUAUUAUACUCAAAACAUGGAGAGAGAGAUAGCUAACUCCGAUGGCACAAGACCUGUGGGACUGCUUGGUAAAGUACCCGGCCACAGUGAUAUGCUGCUUAAACUGGCUCGUACUUCCCCAUACUACAAGAGGAACAGACCACACAUAUGCUCCUUCUGGGUGAAGGGAGAGUGCAAGAGAGGAGAAGAGUGUCCUUAUAGGCACGAGAAGCCCACUGAUCCAGACGAUCCACUUGCCGAUCAAAACAUUAAGGACCGUUACUAUGGCAUCAAUGAUCCUGUGGCUGACAAACUUCUAAAGCGGGCCACCACCAUGCCCAGACUGGAUAUACCUGAUGACAAAUCCAUCACUACACUUUAUAUCGGAGGCCUGGGAGAGGACGUCACAGACUCUGAGCUCAGAAAUCACUUCUACCAAUUUGGGGAGAUUCGUACCAUCACCAUCGUUCAACGGCAGCAGUGUGCAUUCAUCCAGUUUGCCACGCGACCGUCUGCAGAGACGGCAGCAGAGAAAUCCUUCAACAAACUUAUCAUCAACGGCCGGCGUCUUAACGUUAAAUGGGGCAGGUCACAAGCAGCUCGAGGGAAGGAGAAAGAAGGGCAGACGGAGAGUGGAAUCAUGCUGGAGCCAGUGCCUGGACUCCCUGGUGCUUUGCCCCCUCCUCCUUUAUCUGAUGAGGACGCCCCGGCCAACUAUUUUAACCUGGGACCCUCCAGCUCUCCUGCUGUCAUGAACUUCCAGGGACUUCCUCCUCCACCUGGUGUUGCCAUGCCUCCACCUCCUGGUUUCGGUCCUCCUAUGUACCACACCAUGGAUCCCAUGGCCCCACCAAUGCCCCCUCCUAUGGCCAUGAGGCCCCCCGGACAGGUCCACUACCCUUCCCAGGAUCCUCAGCGGAUGGGCGCCCAUGCAAGUCGCCACGGAGGCCCAUAGAUG